AUGGCUGAAUCAACCACAACUAAUCCACGAGUAUUAAAAUAUAGAGCCGUUAAUAAAGCACGAAAAGAAGCUAAAUCUAGUAAAGUUGGAAAUAAGAAACCAAGUAAAGAAAUAAAAGAAAAAGAAAUGGCAGCAAUUACUCGUGAAAUGACUAUUCAUAUGCAUAAAUAUCUUCAUAAAGAAUCAUUUAAGAAAAGAGCACCAAAAGCUAUUAAAAUUAUUAGAUUCCUUGCAAUUAAAACUAUGAAAACACAUAAUGUUAAAUUUGAUAUGGGAUUAAAUCAAUUUAUUUGGAGUCAAGGUAUUAGAUCAGUUGCUGAUAGAAUUAGAGUUAGAAUGGCUAGACUUCCAAUUGAAGGUGAAGAAGGUAAAUUUUAUACUCUCGUUUCAUACGUUCCAGUAGCUAGUUUUAAAGGUCUUGUUACAAAAACAGUAGAAGAGACAGAAAAUUAA